GCAACACAGCAUAAUCGAGGCCCAAGAUAUAUUCAACUGAUGAUGAGCCGUUAGUGAAGUGUGUAGACUCCGAGAGCCAUGGCGCCGCAAAUGUUGUCCGCCGCCUCCAAGUUGACGUUCAAGGUGCAUCGACGGCAGCCGGAGCUGGUUUCACCGGCGACGCCAACACCUCGUGAGAUCAAACUGCUUUCCCACAUGGACGACCAACAAGGAGUACUUAGAUUCCAUGUUCGUCUCAUCUUUUUCUACAAAUAUGAAGAUUAUAAUAGCAAUGGUGGCAAGAACCGUGAUCCGGUUGAAGUGAUUCGCAAAGCACUGGCUGAAACGCUCGUUUACUAUUACCCAUUUGCCGGUCGCCUCCGGGAAGGGUCCGACCAGAAACUGGUGGUCGACUGCAACGGUGAAGGCGUCAUGUUCAUCGAGGCUGAUGCUGAUGUGGCUCUUGAUGAGUUCGGAGAUGAUCUUCUUCCUCCUUUCCCCUGUUUCGAGGAUCUUCUCUUUGAAGUGGAGGGUUCUAGUGGCAUACUCAACUCUCCCUUGCUUCUCAUCCAGGUCACACGUCUGAAAUGCGACGGCUUUAUCCUCGCCCUUCGCCACAACCACACCAUGGCGGACGCUGCCGGAUUAACUCUCUUCUUGACCACACUCAGCGAGCUGGCGCGUGGUGAUCACGCUCCAUCCAUCCAUCCUGUCUGGUACCGUCACCUGCUCAACCCCAGGGUUCCGGCGCGUGUUACCCACGCCCGCGAGUAUGAUGUAACAGAACCAGUGGCUGAGGCCGAGACUUUCGCAUGCAAUGACAAUGUCCAACGCUCUUUUUUCUUCGGCCAGUCCGAUAUCUCCGCCUUGCGUGGCCUCCUCCAUCCCCAUCAACGUGAACGAGCCACACAUUUCGAAACCCUAACAUCUUUCAUAUGGCGAUGUCGUACCGCCGCUCUAAAGCUCGACCCUAACACGGAAAUGCGAUUGAAGUUCAUAGUGAACGCUCGUCCUAAACUCAAGAACCCGCCUCUGCCGCCUGGAUACUAUGGAAACGCAAUCGUGACUCCCGUAACGAUCUCCACUGCAAAAGAACUGACAGAGCGUCCUCUCGAUUUCGCCCUGCGACUCGUGCGGGAGGCGAGAUUGAGCGUUACAGAGGAUUUCUUCCGGUCUUUAGCGGAUUUCUUGGCUACGAAUGAUCAGCCGCUCUAUGAAGCGGCCACACUCCUCGUGGUAUCGGAUGUCAGACGCAGUGGGUUGGAAAACGUGGAUUUUGGGUUUGGAAAGCCGCUGUAUGGCGGCUUGGCCGAUGCCAGGGCCGGGAAUUUUCAAGGAUUGAUCUUUUACGCAACACAUAAGAACACAAAGGGUGAGACCGGAACCGUAGUUCUCAUCUGUUUGCCGGCGCCGGCAAUGGAGAGGUUCGAGAAGGAGGUGAAGGAUGUGUUGAGUGAUCAUCAAUACGUUUGUGAAAAACCCAAGUACGUUAUAAAGUCUACGCUUUAGAUAGAUACGAUAAAAAAAAUGUUAUUCGAACAACUAAAGAAGAUACGAUGUAAGAUCCAAGUUUAUGGGCAAAAGUCAAAUGUCGUACAACAAAAGUUACGGGCUAAUUAGUAAUAUACGAUGUGGUUGUAAUCGUUGGAGUUAAUCAUGUUACUUGUGGGUUUUUUUUACUUGGUCAUUUGUAAUUUUUUUAUUUCAAAUUUGAAUAAGUCGUAAAAUAUCUAGGGUUAAUUAUGAUCUUCCAGAUUUUUUGUUUUGGUUUGUUUAUUAUUAUUCAUUAUAAAUAAGAAUUAUGGGCUCAAGAGAUAAGAACAUCACUUGAAAAAAAAUCUCUUUUCUCUCUCCUACUACUAAAUCCUCUCGCCAACUAUUCUCCUUUUUUUUCAUUAGUUUUAUUUUUCAAAAUGAAAAACCAGAAAAAUAAAUGCAUGAACUCGUGUUGAUUAAUUACUAACAAUGGUAUCAGAGCCACGGUUAUUGUUUUUCCUUUCAUAGUUCAUGUCGAAAUCUAUGUCAAUGGAAGAGUCGUCGAGGAGUGUCAUUCGAAGUGUCGAUCGAAGUGGCAAGAGUAUUCAAAAUGAAGGUGUUGAGACAACGAAGAUAAGGGAAGGAAGCGUGUCUCUUCAAUACCCACUCCUGACAAAGACAAAUUACACGGUAUGGGCUAUGAAAAUGGAAAUUAACAUGCAGGCACAAGAUGUUUGGUAUGCGAUCGAGUUAGAGGGAUCUGUUGAUAAGAGCAAAGAUAAGAUGGCUCUUGAAGUAAUCUGUCAGGGCAUAAGUGAGGAGACCCUGUUACAGAUAGGAGUAAGAAGAACGGCAAAAGAAACACGGGAUGCCUUAAAGAUGUUGAAUCAUGGUGCGGCUAAAGUAAAGGAGGUCAAAGCACAGUCGCUAGAUGAGAGUUCAAAGGACUCAAAAUGGAAGAGAGUGAAUCGGUGGAUGAGUUCACCGGAAGAGUAUCGACGAUCGUGAACAAAUUAAAAGCUUUGGAAAAAAGCGUCAACGAAUGGUACGUUGUUAAAAAAAAUGCUUAGAUCAGUUUCUACGAAGUACAUCCAAUUGGCAUCAACUAUUGAGGAGUUUGGAGAUUUGACGACCAAGUCGAUCGAAGAAAUCAGCGGAUCACUUAAGACGCAUGAGGAGCAGUUAAGGGGUCGUGAAUCGAGAGUUGAUGAACACGUUCUCAUCGCUCAAGGUGACUGGCGAAGAGGUCGUGGUAGAGGUCGUUCGUUUGGAUGAGGUCGUGGUCGAGGAGGUGAGAAACCAAAGUUUGAUAUAAACAAGAUCACGUGUUAUGCAUGUCAUAAAUAUGGUCAUUUCGCCUCUGAUUGCAAAACAAGAGAAGAGAGAGAUGAGAAGCUCAUCUGACCGAAGAGGUUGAAGAGGAGGCCAUUUUGCUGUAGGUGAAGACAGAGGAACAAGAUUAAGGAGAUGAUUGUUAGAGUUAAUCAUGUUCCUUGUGGGAUUUUUUUACUUGGUUAUUUGUGAUUUUUUUAUUUCAAAUUUGAAUAAGUCCUAGAAUAUCUAGGGUUAGAAUAUCUAGGGUUAAGUAUGAUC